AUGCUCAACCCGAGGAGCUGGAGAAGUGAGUCCCCCUUUAAUGAUCGACUUCCAGCUGCAUAUGCUUACGUCUAUCUUCUCCCUUCUAGAGCAAAGAAGUCUGCCCAGGAACAAGGGGGAACAAUCAAGCACGAGUUCACUCUCAUCAAGGCGUUCACCGUCGAAUUUCCAGAGGAGCAAGUCGGUGUCCUCGAGAACAACCCCCACGUCCACGUCGAGAAGGAUCAAGAAGUAAAGCUUCAGUGA